CUACCCCCCGGGCUAUCGGAAGGUACUACAAGCCUUGUCCACUAGUCUGCCGCAGGGCCUUUACCUGAAUCCAACUGAGUGCCAAGCAGAGGGUCAUCGGUUGACGGGUGCCAUUUUUAGAGUCUAUGUUAUAACUUGACCGGGGGGGGGGGGGAAUACUCUUUAACCACAAAGGCCAUUGAGCUGGUUUUUGUUUACCUACUGAAAACGUUCAGAUCUAGAUUAAGUGUCAAGAGGGAGGGACUAGAGAUUGUUUCUAGACGUUAAUUUAGUUAUUGUGUCUGUCCCUGGUUAGGCCUGCCUGGACAGCUGUCCCACACUAUGAUCUCAUUCAUCCGGCCAGGCUAAUCUUCUCAACAGCAUCCUCAUCCAGAGGCCAUGUAUCACCCUCUAUUAUGUAACACUCCUACACAAUUUGAUAUCUGUACAAAAGAGUGUACAAUUAAGCAUUGUGUCCUCAGAGGAUUCAACAAGACUGAAAUACUAAGCUGAUCAGAUAAUACCAGAGAUUACAGUAACCUUAAAUCCUUCAUGAACAAUACAAUCAGUUAAGUGCAGGACUGUCAAUCCACUAAUCAAUUUAUCCUCCUUACCAUGUCACACAUUCAUCAAUCAUCUGUUGCGAAAGCCAUUGUUGGCAACACGUUCUACCCUACCAGAAGGUUCCAUCUUACCUCAAGGAGGCUGGAGUUAACACUUUCCCUUCCCAAUUACCAUUCAUGGUUGCAGAAUGGCCUGAGAUGCGUCAGUGUCGUAUCUUUUCCUUCUUAGACGUAUCCAUAAUCAUCUUUCAAGUACCUCAGGUAAGCAAAUCAUGAUCGAACUUGACACUGUGCUUCCUAUGUCAUUCAGGUCCUGCCCCUUACCUGAGUAGGGUAGAGACGAUCUACUCUACAGUGUCUGAACCUGGAUAUCACAGUCAUUGAUAGUUGCUUCACUUUGGUUGUUAAUCCCAUCAACAAAUAAGUAAAUGUACCAUAGGAUUUUUGUGUGUAGGAUUGAUAUACAGUGCAGCAUAGCACCCUGAAUGACUCCAUGAGAUUACAGUUAAUAUUUUGGUGUAAACAUACUGUACAUUGGAUGUAUUGAUUUCUGAUCACAUGAUAUCUCUGGAUGAUUGAUCCGGAGACAGUAAUGAAAUGACAAACAAAUGUUAUCUCAGUGUGGUUAUGAACUGAAGGGAGUUCAAAUCUAGAUGGUCAGAGAUUACCAGUCAUUUUUGCUCUAUUGUGAAUUUGAGUGGCCACUGGGGCUUUUGCCUGUUGAACCUAUUUGUACAGUAAUGAGAUUAGUGGGUUAAUCCAGGAGUCAGGAGGUACAGUACAUGACUAAGGAGGAGAGGAGAGGAGUGUCCAGGGAGUUGUCUUAAUGUCCAGAGCCAUGCUACAGAUCAAUCUACACCUCCUCCUUUCUCUGACACCUUUCAAUGGAGGCAGCCCAGGAUGCUAUAUUCCCAUGGGUCAAAAUAGCUGUUCCUGGUGAGCUACAUGGCACUGGCAGUCCAGAGAUGAGCAUAAUGGAUUCAGUGGAUGGUGUCGUUGCCACACCCUCAUUUACAGAGAUAAUCCAGGCUGAUUAACUGAAGACCCGGGGUGGUGCAGGACUACUAAAGCUUAGAAUGAAAGCAUCUGUGCAGACUGCUGUCUGUGGGCAUGUGGAGUCGUUUUAUGUUGAUGUCUGAAGAUGCUGACGAUCACUAGCUCCACAUCCUUGUUGCUGCAGGUGUAAGUGCUGAUUAUACUUUAUCUUACUAUUUUGAGGUUGCUGUUACUUUGUUUGUUAAUGUGAUUAGGUUUUUAUCUUAGACUAACCUGUGUGUGUGUGUGUCAAGGCACUGCCAUGUCAGUGGAGGUCUGCCUGAGUAUUCCGUCAUCUAGUACUCCACCCUCAGACAAGCAGUGGAGUCCCCUACCUCUUCAUGGAGUCAGUCAUGACCCCCCGGGCGAAGUACACGUUGGUCGGGGAGGUGAUACGUCACGUCAUCCCUUUGCCCACACAGUGCUCCAUAUGGUGUGGAGGUCUGAACUGCAAGUAUGAGAACCCUGACUGCUGGAGCGAGGACAAGCAGGCCAUCAAAGGCCUCUAUUCCUCCUGGGUCACGGAGAACCUACUUGCCAUGGCCAGGCCCUCUACUGUAUUAAUAGAAAAGUACAACAUCAUUGACCAAUUUAAAAGAUGUGGCCUGAAGACUGUGAUAAACCUGCAGAGACCAGGGGAACACGCCAGCUGUGGUCCCAACACACUGGAACCAGAGAGUGGAUUCUCCUACCGACCUGAGGUGUUGAUGGAGAAUGACAUAUAUUUCUAUAACUUUGGAUGGAAUGACUACGGGGUGGCCUCCCUCACAUCCAUCCUGGACAUGGUGAAAGUUAUGUCCUUUGCGAUUCAGGAGGGGAAAAUGGCUGUCCACUGUCAUGCUGGUCUGGGAAGAACAGGUGUGUUGUUAGCGUGUUACCUGGUCUUCGCCACCAGGAUGACCGCUGACCAGGCCAUCGUGUUUGUACGUUCCAAACGUCCCAACUCCAUCCAGACCAGAGGUCAGCUGUAUUGCGUGCGGGAGUUUGCCCAGUUCCUGGUCCCCGUCAGGAGUAUUUUCUCCUGUGCUGAGCCCAGGACUAACCCAGUGACCCUGUCCCAGUUCCUGACCCGCCAGGGACACAUGCUGCACGGCUAUGAGCGCCGGGAGCUCAGGCACCUGCCCAAGAUCAUCCAGGUGAUCUGCAAGCUGCUGCUGGACAUCGCUGAGCACUCUCAGGUCAUCGAGGAGGACAUGCUGGACAUCCCUGACAUGACGGCCGAGGAGGAGAUGGAGUUUGAGCGCUACCGCGACUUUGGCUUCACCAAGGGUAGCUUCGGGGGAGGCAGCAUGGGGGGCCAGCCCCGCUUACCGGGACCCCCAACCAAACACCGACACGCCAACGAACCGGCCCUCUUCUACCACCGCAAGAGCCUGAGCUACAGCGAGUCGGACCUGCAGAGGCUAGGCUGUGAGCUCCAUCUGCUGACCCAACCUCUCUCCAACUCUCUGUCCUCUAGCAACGUGCCUGUGGCCUGUUCUCCCUCCCUGAACUCCCUGCCUAGAACCCUGGCCACAGGCAGCCACGUCACCACCACAUACAGCUCCCAAAAUGGAUCCCUCCCCCAUGGGUCCCUCUGGGAGCAGAAGAGCCUGGCGGAGGGAUCCCCACUCCUAAAGAAGAGUCAGAAAGCCUGCCAGCGCAGCGAGUCCGAGUGCCACCCCAAGCAGAAAACGUUUGGCAGCAUGUUGUUAAGCUGGAAGAAGAAGCAGAGGGAGAAGUUAGCAAACAAUGGGAAUGUGUCUCAGAUAGAGGAGUCAGAGGUGCCCUUCAUCACCAUCCAAACAGAGCUGUCCAAGGAGGCCAGGCGGCAGCUGGUGGCCCAGGCUCUGGCUGUGGAUCUGGAACUGGAUGGAGAGGAGGAGCACAGGGAGAGACUCCACGCCUGGCAGUCCGGGUUAAACAUGGGAGGGGCGUGGGAGAGGCUGUGUACAUUGGAGAAGGACCCAUUUGUGCUCUCUGGGCUCAUGUGGACCUGGCUGGAGCAGCUGAAGGAGCCAGUCAUCUCCGUCAAGGAUGUACAAAAACUGGACCUUAACGACAGUGACCCUGCAAACCCAGAGGCUGUCUUCAAACCACUGGACCAGGUCAGCAGCACUUAUUGCUCCCAGGGAGAUGUUGGUGUGCAUUCUGGACUGUAUGGCUCAUGUUCUCACAAUACCAGAAGAGGUGGAGGCUGCUUUCCUGGAGCGCACCAUCAAGGCUUUCACAAAGAUGGGAAAAUGCUCAGCGGUGUAUCCGGCCUUGGCAGAGAUCCUCAAGCUGGUCCUACAUGACAUGAGGUUUACAGCCAUAGAGGAGGAUGAGGUACCAUUUAUGCCUCCCGUCCCUAUGAUUCUGAUCCCAUAGCCCUGCUGGAUUCUGUUCCAGACCGUCCCUAUGAUGCUGAUCCCAUAGCCCUGCUGGAUUCUGUUCCAGACCGUCCCUAUGAUUCUGAUCCCAUAGCCCUGCUGGAUUCUGUUCCAGACCGUCCCUAUGAUGCUGAUCCCAUAGCCCUGCUGGAUUCUGUUCCAGACCGUCCCUAUGAUUCUGAUCCCAUAGCCCUGCUGGAUUCUGUUCCAGACCGUCCCUAUGCAUAGACUUGUUAUAUAUCAAACAGCCAUAUGUUGUGCCUUCCUGCGCAGUUUGGAUUGUUUUGAAUCCACUGUUUUUGUUAUUUUGUCAUCACAUAUUGUACUUUAAGUGUAUUGUAUAUAAACGAUUACUUGUUUACCUCAAUAUUGUACAAUUUACAAUGCAGACCCAAGGAAAUGCAGUUUAUUUGAGAGUUUAAAAUUAAAGUGUCAGUUUGAUUUUGUUAAGCAGAUCAAGGUGGAGUAUUUGUUACAGUAUAUGCCUUAAAUACUUUUAGUUAUAUUGAACAUGUAACAUCCAACACAGGAAUUGAAAUACUUCAUCUCCACAUAAAGCCAGCUCAGUGACUAUCACCAUCCCUGUACAGAAAUGUGGUAUUACACAAAAAUAAAGUAUAAUGGCACAGUAAA